UUCAUGAAGUUGUUCGGGUUUCGCGGCCUUUGCAAAAGCUUCAGUUUGUUGUUUGUCGUGUGCUGCACCAGCCCAAAGAGUCGCGGACUGUUGACCCAGCUGGAACAGGAAAGUUGCGGAAGUGGAAACAAGUACUCAUCCAAGAAAAUCAUCGAGAAGCUUAAGUGGAGUAGACAGUCGUUGAGGCAAAAUGAAGUCGUAUGCGAUCGUGGUGGCUAUGCUGCUGUUGGUUUCGGGGCCAUUGGUCAGUGCCGAGGCUGAUCAGAGCAGCAGCAGCGCCAAGGAACAGAUAGUGGUGCACACGCCGCUCCAGAACUAUGAGCAACCUUCACUACGUGACUACGACGACUGCCAGGCGAAUCGCCAGAGCUGCUUGCAAAUCUGCGACGGCGAGGACAAGUGCGUGGCCGAGUGUCCCGUCUGCCCGGAACUCAACGAAGAGCCGUUGCUGGUGCAGGGCAUCAACGAUACCAGUUACGUGCCUCCUGCCCAGACGCCUAUCAACACCACGAACAUCAUCCGCCUAACGAAUGAGAUCAAUAACAUUAUCAAUCACGACAUAACCGCACGCAACGAGCUCAAUGUCAAAGUACAACAGAAUGUCUCCCAGGUGGGCGGCCGCUUCGGACUCGGCUAUAACGAGCAGGGCUCAUGCUGCUUUGUGGUGCGACGGGAGCGGGACUGCGAUCAGAAGGAGCACUGCAAAGAGGCGUCGCGGCAGCGUGUGUGCGGCACACGUUGCCAGGCGCGUGUCAUGCUCGCCAAGCGUGUGGUGCAAUGCGACAAGGAUCAGCCCGAUGAGUGUCACGAGACUUUGGAGUAUGUGCCGGCGCGCAAGCGUAAUCACUCCAGGAAGUCAUCAGAUCUGUGUCGCUACAGCAACAGCUGGCCAUAUGUAAACUGCGAAGCUGGCCAGGAGCGUCAUGGUGGACGCGUGCGACGUGCCAAUUGCCAAAGCUGCCUCAGCCUGACCUAUGGCUUCAUCUUGCAGAAUGGCUUGCCGCCCAAUUGCUAUGGCUGCUUUCAGGGCUAUGGAGCGCCUAUGAUGGCCAUGCCUGUGUUUUAUCCUCCUUACGCCUAUCCCAACUUUGGCUACAACAAUGACCCCGAAGAUGUUCCCAAGAAGGAGGAGCAACAGCCGAAGACAGAUGACGAUUUCGAUCUGGGUGAUGACGAUGGUUGGGUUAUCAAAACUCAGAAGUGUCGCGGACCCGAUGGCAAGUUGGAGGAUUGUCUCGAGGGCAGUGGAGAUCUCGAUAACGAGGUUGUUCUACCACCAGCUCAUUUGGAGAAGGGCGAUGACAAGACGCAGCCCGAUACAGACUACAAUGUGCCGGCACAGCGUCGGCGACGUCGCCAAAGUCGCCGCCAAUUUAUGCGCUCUAUUUACAGCAAAAGACGAGACAAUUAAGAAGCAACAUCGUUGAUCCAUCGGAAAAGAGCAUACAUUAUGGGUUAAUUAUGUUAUGAGAUUCCUUUAGUUUAAACACUGCAAAUAUUAUAUAUGGUCAUAAUCUUAAUCUAAUCUCGAAUUCGAUUACGAUCUUAAGACUGUGACGUUUCGCCAAUAAAGUUUUAAAUUCUUUUCCAAUUGCGCGUAUCUAAUGUUAGAAUUCCUGUGGGUGGCAAUUAAAAAUAGCAUAAAUACACGUUUGAAAAUAUUUUAGGUUUACUUACGCUGAUUAAUCGACUCCUAAUAGAAAAAAAAACACACACCGUUCAUGUGGGAUUACAUGUGCAAAGAAUGUAGAUUAUAUUUUGUAUGAUUGCUAACACAAAUUGUUUUAUUGUUAAACCAUGCAAAUUGUUGGUUAAUCAUUUGGAGGCAAGAUAGUGUUUUUAUUAUGUUCUAAUAUACGAUACAUUUUGGUUAAAGGGAUGUGCUGCUGGAAAUGUUUUACCCAAUUCAAUUAAAUAAUUUCAUUUGACUACUUUGUCAUAUACGAGUAUACUUUUUAUAUAGGAGGUGUGCUAAGUUUUGUUUUUAAUCUCGCAUUGUACAUAGAUUUAUUUAAAAACAUUUGAAUAACAAACAAAUUGCAAACACUCGUAUUGUAUUUAUGUACUACAUAAGUAUAUAGCAAUUCAUAAUUUGAUAAGGUCAAUUUGUCCGUGGCCAAUUUAUGUGUGUGCCAAUAGUAAAUAAUAAUUUAAUGGUUUCCUAUAACAUUUGCGUGUAUGUGUGUUUGUGUGGU